CUUGAAUGUGUGAUCCACAGUGGAUUGGGUUGUUAGUUUUACAAUAAUGACGAUGUGCUUCGGUUUGAAUGUUCGGGCAUUGCCCCAACUAUAUAGAAACCACUUUUUAAUUGUGUAUUGUUGGAUGGUAAUAUUGUGUUUUCAAUAUACGAGUAGCCAAGAAAUUUCAGACAACAACGGUUCAUGUGAUCCAUCUUUAAACUGCGAAUAUAAAUGUGAGCGUUCAUUAACAGGUGGUACAUGUUUUUGCCCCGAUGGACAUAUACUUAACGUUGAUAAUCGUACAUGUAUCGAUCGUAAUGAGUGUAUUGAUUGGGGUACCUGUGAUCAGUUAUGUACGAACUCUGAUGGUAGUUUUUCAUGCUCGUGUGUCCAUGGCUAUCAGCUUAUUGAUGACAAACAUUGUAUGGCGUAUAAUUCAUCACAAUUAUUAUUGUAUUUUGCAUACAAAUAUUUGGGUGUGUACCAAAUGACCCAAAAUGGAGAUAAUAUUACGAUGGUUGCCAAUUCAACGAGUGCUAGUGGAUUGGAUUUUCAUUAUAAUCGUAAUUUAUUAUUUUGGUCGGAUACCAAAACCGGUAAAGUACAUUCUCAAAUGCUAAGAGAAAAUACUCCAACAUCUGUACAAAGUCCACCAGCAAAUAUUACUCUACCAGUAAAAUGGGAUCCAAUAGCCAUAGCAGUUGAUUGGGUGGGUGAUAAAUUAUAUGUUGUGGAUUCUUUUGGACAAAAAAUAGAUGUUUUUGAAUUGGAUGGACGUUGGCAUACCGUGGUAAUUGGAUCUUUAACUAAUCCAGCUGAUAUUGCUUUGGAUCCAACUGUUGGAUACAUGUUUAUUGCAAAUGGCCCUCAAAUUUUGCGAGUAAAUAUGGACGGAACAGAUUCACAGGUAAUUGUCUCAAAAUUGCCAAAUUAUGCAACAGGUAUUGCUGUUGAUAUAAUCGCAAAACGCAUCUUUUGGUCUGACUCGGUAGCGAGUCAGAUCGAAUCUGUCGACUAUAAUGGGGAACAUCAAGUAAUAAUAAUUCGAGAAGAAUCAAAAGUAAAUCCAACUCGUUUAGCUGUUUUCGAGAACCGUGUAUAUUGGGGUGAGGACACUCAAGGUAAUACAUCUCUGAAUAAAUACGAAGGCAUUAUAUCUGUAGAUAAAUACGACGGGUCCAACUCAAUACAAGCAAUUAGCAGCACUCAUGAUAGUUUUUUCUUUGUGAAGCCAAAAGCUAUUAAAACAGUUCAUGAAUUAAUCCAAAAACAUACCGUAAAUCCAUGUGGAAAAGAUAAUGGUGGUUGUCAACAUAUGUGCAUACUUACACAUGCUACUGUGGAUCUAGGAUAUCGUUGUGCCUGUAAUAUUGGUUGGGAACUAGCGUUGGAUAAACGAACUUGUUCCCCAAUCCAGGAGUUUUUACUAUAUGCCGAACAAAAAUUUAUUAAAGGAAAAAUUGUGAAACCCGUUGGGAAUGCGUUUAGUGAAGCAAUUCUGCCAAUUGGAACCGCGCAUGGACGGUUUAUUGGCUUAGAUUUUGAUGCACACGAAAAAUAUAUUUAUUACUCAGAUGUUUUACAAAAUGUUAUAUAUCGAGUCCAUCUUAAUGGAUCUUCAAAAGAAGUUAUUGUUGCAUCACAAAUUGAAUCAGUUGAAGGUUUAGCCGUAGAUUGGGCAUCCAAAAAUUUGUACUAUAUUGAUAGUCGAAAAGGUACUUUGAAUGUAUUAUCGACCAGAAAUGUUACAUAUCGACGAACUUUAUUGAAAAACUUAAAGCGACCUCGUGGAAUUGUUCUUCAUCCAAACAAGGGGUACAUCUUCUUUUCCGUAUGGGAACAACCUGCAAAUAUAUCACGUACGAAUACAGAUGGUACCAAUUUGAUAACCUUUGAAAAUAUGACCUUAGGAUAUCCAAACGGUUUAACUAUAGAUUUUGAAAAAGAUCGCUUAUACUGGUGUGACUCGAAAUUACAUCACAUUCAACAUUCGAAUUUGGAUGGUAUCGAUAUAAAAACCAUCAAUUCUCAAUUAAUUCGACGGCCAUUUAAUCUCAUUAUUCAUGGAAAUUACAUAUACAUGACUGAUUGGAAAUUUAAGGCGAUUAUUAAGUUAAAUAAAGACGGGACCGGAGAAGAUGAAGAAAUUCUUAUAAAGGCGACAAAUCUUGUUUAUGGUGUGAAAAUCUACAGUGAAAGUGUUCAAAUGUUGGAUCAAUUACGGCAGCCAUGUUUAAUAAAUAAUGGUGGAUGUGAAAAAUUGUGUUUUGCGGUGCCAGGAAACGGUUCCGAUUCACUACAAGUUAAAUGUGACUGUCCGGACGGUGAAAGCUUAAUAGAUGACGGUAAAUAUUGUGAAGCUGAUCCAAAUGCUGAACCAGAAGUAAUAGCGUGUCCAAAUACCUGGGAUUUCAUGUGUAAUAAUCAACGGUGCAUACCAAGAAGAUGGGUUUGUGACGGGGAAGAUGAUUGUUUGGAUAAUAGUGACGAAGAACAAAAUUGCACACUGUUUUAACUUACUGAAACUUACCUUAAAAACUCAGAA